CUACCCCGCAGGGUGGCGGCGCCCACCCCACCCGCUUGUCCUGUCCUCCGCUCCCUCUUGAAGAGCGUGCCCCGCGCCCCGCCAUAAAGAAACAUCGAGCAACGCGAAGAAAGCUGCCGCUGCCUGCCUCCUGCUAGCAGUUGCAGCCCCCGCCGCCGCGGAGGCGGAGGAGGUGAAAUCAACCGCGGUUGUCCCCGGUGGGCGCAAGCGAGGCCAGCAGGUCGCGGAAGUCCCAAUUCCCAGCUGCGGCCCUCCAGUCGGUUCCGUGCCGCGCCGGUGCCGAUGCGGAUCCCGCGGCGGAAGGGCGGGGCCGGGCCGCUCGCUGUCGGGGUGCCCAGCAGGCGGGCACAGGUGGCCGCGGUCUUCGCGCUCGCCACGCUGCUGGGGGUCUCCGUGCUCUACGACGCCGCCCACAUCGCCGCCUCGCUGCGGAGGCACGGCGGCCCGACGGCGUACGCCAAGCUCUCCUCCUCCGACGGCGCCGCCUCCGUCUCCGGCGUCGCGAGGGAGGAGGUGGCGGCCGUAGAGACGCUCGCGCCGCCGGCGAGGGCAGUGGGGUCUGACGGCGCGGAUCGGACCGACCCGCCCCCGCACGAGCAGCAGGAGGAGGCCGAGGAGGGCGCGGCGAAGCCCGGUGCCUCCCUGCAGCAGGACGCGCCGCUGACCGAGGAGGUGGUGGAAGGGGGAAGCGGGGGCCACGGCGGCGGCGGCUCGCAGGAGCAGGAGCAGGAUCAGGCCCAGGGGACCUGCGACCUGUACAAGGGCCGCUGGGUGUACGACGAGUCCCGCGCGCCGCUGUACAAGGAGUCCGAGUGCAGCUUCCUCACGGAGCAGGUCACCUGCACGCGCAACGGCCGCCGCGACGACGACUACCAGAAGUGGCGCUGGCAGCCCGACGGCUGCGACCUCCCCAGAUUUGAGGCUAAGUUGCUUCUGGAGAAGCUAAGGAACAAAAGGCUGAUGUUUGUGGGUGAUUCUCUGAAUCGGAACCAGUGGGAGUCCAUGGUGUGCCUGGUCCAGUCAGAGGCACCAUGGGACAAAAAAUCUCUCGUCAAGAAUGGUUCUCUUAAUGUCUUCCAUCUUCAGGAGUACAAUGCAACAGUUGAGUUCUACUGGGCUCCGUUCCUAGUGGAGUCAAACUCAGACGACCCAGACAUUCACAGCAUCAGCGACCGCAUGAUCAAGCCGACAUCGAUCGCGAAGCAUGCGGCAAACUGGGAAGGCGUGGACUACCUGAUCUUCAACACUUACAUUUGGUGGAUGAACACACCGCAGAUGAAAACCGUGCACGGUGGAUCUUUCUCAAGGAAACACGUAAAGUACGAUGAAAUAGAGCGUGUGGAGGCAUACCGGAAGGUCCUCAAGACGUGGUCCAGAUGGGUAGAGGCGCACAUUGAUCCCAAGAGAAGCACGGUCCUAUUCAUGAGCGUGUCACCGGUACAUAUGCAGAGUGAAGGCUGGGGCAGCCCCAACGCCGUAAAAUGCUUCUCCGAGACGCAGCCGGCGAUCAACUACACGAAGAAACUGGAGGUGGGCACGGACUGGGACCUCUUCGCGGCCGCCCAGCGCGUGACGAGGUCGAUGGAGAAGGUGCCGGUGCGCUUCGUCGACGUGACCGCGCUGUCGGAGAUCCGCAAGGACGCGCACACCUCCGUGCACACGCUGCGGCAGGGGAAGCUCCUGACGCCCGAGCAGAAGGCGAACCCGAGGAAGUUCGCGGAUUGCAUCCACUGGUGCCUCCCCGGCGUGCCGGACACGUGGAACCAGUUCGUUUAUGGUCACAUCGUGUCGAGCCCGCCGCCGCCGCAGGAUCAACCUCACAGAUAACAACAGCUAGAAAUACUUCUCGUGCAUCAGUGUGUUUGUGGUCGACGCCAUAAGUUAUUUCUUUUUCCCCUAAUAGUAGGUUUAGAAGCCUAUGCUGCUGGACUGGUUCACCUGAGCAUCUGUUGGAAGGUCAGAUCGCACUAGUGUAGCCAAAAAAAGCAGCAGUAAAUGUGGUUGUUUGAGCCUGAGGGGAAAUGCGCGCUUCUGUGCCUCGUGUUUCUACCUGGCACGUGUACAUAAUUUUUUACCAGAAUCAUUCGUGAAAUUGUUUCUAUUCGUGUCGAAA